AUGUACACAGGACAGACUGAACAAGCCACGACCCAUGAAGACCACGACCAGAAAUCCAUCAUCUCAGACGGUGCAGACACCGACACUCUCGUCGACCUGACUUCUUCCGCAUCAUUGCACGUCCAUGCAGCCAGUCUCAAAUCACUGAAGCUGCAAGACCGCGCUCUUGGAAAGGACGGCCGUAAGCCCUCGAUACUACACUUCCGACUGCCACGCCGAGUCGGAACUCUCCUCUCCGCGACUCGGAACAAGCUAUUCGUCCAAGCCCCACUUGCCGUGCGAUACGAUAUCGUCAUGACCCUUCGCGACAAUUUCGGUUGUGCUAAACUGGCCGAGACGACUAUCAAGGAUCAUAUACUACCGGCCUGUGUGGAACGUCUCGGCCCCAAGCAUAUCCAGACGUUGGUCGUUCGAGAAUCGCUCGGCAUUUGCGCAUACCGUGCAGGAAGAUAUGGAGAGGCGAUGAAGUUUUGGCAAGAAACGUGGGAGGGACGGAAGGAGGUUCUCGGACGUGAAGACCUCGCCACACUGAGAGCCCAAUAUAACCUCAGUGUUGCCCUGUUUGAAAUGGGGUCUUUGGCUGAGGCGGAGAAGACGGGCACGGAGGUAGUUGCUUCUCACGAGAAGGUGAAAGGAAGGACACAUGUGUGGACGCUGAGAUAUCGGGCAGCGCUAGCAGUCACGAUCCAUAACCAAGGGAGGUAUGAGGAGGCGAAGAAAAUCCUGGAGGAGGUGCUGGAGGAGCAAGAGAAAGCGGGGCGAACAAACCGUCCGGACGCGUUGCUAUCCAAGCAAUGCCACAUCCUCGCGAUAUACAAUCUGGGAGGAGACCAUAAGCUGGCAGAGGAGUCGCUCACGAAGCUCUUGCGGAACCAAACGAAGGUGCAGGGCAAGAAGCAUCCGAAUACGCUCGCAACCCAGCUGUCUAUAGCGCAUGCGAUCGCGAGACAAGGUCGAGAGGAGGAGGCGGAGGCCAUACAAAGAAAGGUAUUGGAGACGCAGGAGAAGGUACUGGGGAAGGAUCAUCCGCAUACCCAGAAAACUCGACGUUUGUUGUCGUAGAUUGUUUGGGGGAUGAGGCGAGUGAUGUGGUACAAUUGAUGGACACAGAAACGACUUGUCGAGUAUGUGAUCGGUGCUAGAAUUGGUUCAGCACAUCCAUGUAUGAGUAUUGAGUAGAAGGGAGAACGAGACCUCGAGGGGACAAGUACAGC